GGUCAAUAUAAUGGAUAAUCUGUGGCUUUACGCAAACGUGUGUUCUGUCAACAGCAACAAACAGCAGAACGCAGCAAGUGGUGUUGAUACAGUCUGGAAGACUGCAGAACGGUGAUAUUGUUGGCUAUCUUGCUAAUUUUGUUCAUAUCGUUUGGCUCAGAUGAACAAAUAUGUCGCGUGUGUAAAGCUAUAACGCUAGGUAGCUAGCUAGGGAGCUAAUCAGCAGGUGGUGGAUUAGCUACAGUGGCUAGCUAGCUAACACUUGCAAUUAGCUUAGUUUAUCACUGUGUAUUUGUUGUUGACGUUUUCAGGAAGCUAGCUAGUUAGCUAAGGACGGCAUUCGUUUUUGUAGCAAGUAGCUAGCUUGUAGACAGAAAAUGAGUUCAGCACCAGGGAACCGAGAGGACGGCGUCCUUCCAGACCGUGCAAGUGAAGAAGUGGAUGACAGUGGGGGUGAUAGUGCCAGUGGCAGACAGGUAAGCUGUACAGUAGCUAGCAAGCUUUGAACUGCAGUUAUGUGUCUAUGCAUGUUAUAGCUAGCUAGCUGUACAUACAUGUGAUAUUUAAAUGUAUUAAAUUAGUUGUAGCUAACUUCACAAUAAUCUAGCUGUCUAACGCUACUUUUUUAAGUUGUCUGAGUUUACCAUCAAUGCUACCAUUGUUGACGUGUAUCAAAGGAGUUGGAGAUGUGCCUUGGCAACAACGAAAUAAAGAGCCGUGCAGUGGUGAAGUACUCUGCUGCCCCUCCACCCACCACCUAUGCACUACUGCAGGAGAAGACAGACCUGAAGCUGCCUCCUGCCAACUGGCUCCGGGAGAGCCCCCAACUUGGGCCUGCAGGAUCCACUGUACUAGGGUCCAGCAGCAAGAGCAAACCUUUCUCCAGGUGAAGUGCUGGUUAUUCAGCCCUCAAAACGAGAUGUGAUAUCUGGUGGUAUGCAUCAUCACUGAAUUGUUGCAAGGUGCUCAUGUACAUGUAUUUUCUUCUAUCUACAGUUUUGGGAUGGCCUAUGACUUCAUUGAUUCUAUUGGGGAUGAUGUUGAUGUGGUGUCAGACUCUGAGGUAGGUCUAUCCGCUCAACAGCUAAGAAUUUGUUUUGCUACUAUAUUAUGUGUUUGACAUGAUUGGUAAUCAAAACUGUUUGUUGAACCUAACGGUUUCAUUCUCUUUUCUACUCAGAACAUCAAGAAGCUGUUGAAGAUCCCCUACAGUAAGUCCCAUGUCAGUAUGGCCGUCCACCGCGUGGGAAGGACUCUCCUCCUUGAUGAACUGGACAUUCAGGAGCUCUUCAUGAGGUCCUCUCAGGUACAAUUAGACAGCCAGCGGAGAAGAAAGCCUGAAAAUGUCUGAACAAUUGACAAUGGUUGUAGAAAUACAUUUGAUUGUGUUUUUCUUUGAUUGUAGCCAGUAUAGUAGUAUGAUCUAUAUGUAUAUUAUGUCAGACAGGAGAUUGGACAUGGCUGAAGGAGUUUUACCAGAGACUAAUAGAUCAAAAGUGGCAGAGAAAAAAGAAGAGCAAGGAACACUGGUACCAAAAAGCAAUCCUGUCCAAGUUCCUCUACUACAGGUGAGUUAUUUGAGGUUGGACAUAGGGCUGUCGCCUCAGUGACCACAUUACCACCACACCGGCAGUCACCAGUCAUGACCGCAGUCAAAUUCCCUGUGACCGUUGGUCACGGUAAUCCCAUCCAAAACUGUGAAAAUUACUGGGGCUGAUGGGUAGCCUACCCAACUUGCUAACGGCCUUUGAUUGAAUUUGAAUGAUCUAAGUGAUGAGGACAAAUGGUGAUGGGAGUUAGAGCUCCUGUUCCGAAAUGGACACCAGAAAGCCCUGAACCCAAUAUGCAUAAAUACAUUUUUAAAAACCCAUUCCGAACGGACAUAAGGACAACCAGACCCAGCCCUGUAUGGACCCGAUCGGGUCCACACCCGGUCCAAUCCGAGUGAGGGAAGCAGCAAAAAAGCCAAUUGUUUUGCUACUUUAUUAACCGGCGCAAUUAACAAAAGGGAGAGAGAGAGGCACAGAGCGAGCAGCUGUAGCUACUAUGGAGCGGUGGAGGGGCCAUGCGGUGUGUGUAAGUAAGGCUCGGAGCACUGGAGCAGACGGAGGGAGAGGGACAGCAACCACUGUUAACUCGCGCUAGUAGACUGCUAGUUAUUUAUCAUCCCAUCCGAUUACAUAGUAUCUGUCUUGACUGCAUCAAACCGAGAGAAACUAGUUAACUAGGCUAAUUGAGGCUAGCCAUAACGCUACUGUGCUUCUCACCGUCCUACAGUUAGCCUACAAAUAACAAAUAGCCUACAAAUAACAAUAGCAGCUUGCCUGUUGGCUUUUGGUCAUUGUAGCCUUUCCUUCUGAUUUUGUCAUUUUAAUUCCAUUGACUAGAUAUCUCCUAACCUGCUUGCCACCCAAAUCAUAAAUAUAGUCGUAUCAUGCAGCCAAAUGUUUCGAUUUCUAAGACAUUCUGAGGUUUGUAGGCCUAUCACAACUAAAGUGACCAAUUAACUCUAAAUUAAGUGUAGCCUAUUGGACCUGUUUCAAAUUAUCACUUUUAUGCUCAACACAAUAGCCGCUCCAUUCAACUUUUUAAAAUGUAGGCCUAUGUUUUCCAAAGGAGCGCAUCAGCAGCUUGUAUGUGUGGAAGUCCGGAGUUGCUAAUCGUGUUUGUUAAUUAACAGUCAAUUACCGUGAGACCAGCAGUCAUUUGCAUGAGUUACCAGCUGACAUAAUUUCAUGACCGCCACAGCCCUAGUUGGACUACUAGCCUACUUGUUAAUGUGACAGACUUGCAAUAGAAACAAGAACCUUAUUUUAGCAAGAGUAAAUCCUAAAGGUUGACUCCUCCAUGUCUUCUCUAGUAUUAAUGGUGAUGGAGCCGCAGAGCCUGUCCCUGACUCAGACAACCCUGAUGAGGGGUGUGGGGCGGAGGAGUUUGGUCCCUCCUGGCCAGCUACCUUCACCAGCAACCCUUCAGACACAGAGGAGUCCACAGCCCACAAAGAGGUAGGUCACCCUUUAUGGAAAUGGGUAGCAAUGUGCAGUACCUUAAGUCUGUGUUGUGCUCUGGUUGAGUUUCAGUUUCUUCCUUGGUGACUGUAUGUCCAUUCCUUACAGGAAGGGGUUCCCAUGGACAGCAAGUAUGCAUUGGGACAAGUGGCUUCCAAAGAGCAGAACCUUACCACACUGUUCAACGAGGGGGAGAACAGUCAGGUAGGGUCAUCAACAGGAUGAUUAAAGAUGUGCAUUUUCUGUCUUUUGUUUAGUUGGCAUUUGUUUCUUUGAUUGUAGAUUCGUUUCAUCUAUUCAAUUCAAGUAUCCAUUCAACUUUUCCCUCAACUUUUUUUUUACAGGGUUUGAGGAAUGACUUUGUGAGGAACAUCUUGUGGACGUUUGAGGACAUCCACAUGCUGGUGGGGUCCAACAUGCCUAUCUUUGGAGGAGGACGCUACCCAGCUGUCAGCCUGCGGCUCAGGUCAGAAUCACGUAAAGUGGGGAACAAUGGCCCCAGAAGCAUCAUUCAUGGCAGUCAAUAUAAAAAUGUUCAAUUGGUUUACUACUGUUCCACAGCAAUGUUCCCCUGCAAAAUACCUAGAAGGUUCUUUCUUUUUUAGGGAUAACAACAAGCCAAUCAACAUUCUCACAGGUAUUGAUUACUGGCUGGACAAUCUGAUGUGCAAUGUUCCAGAGCUCGUCAUGUGCUUUCAUGUAAAUGGUAUCGUCCAGGUAAAUAAGCCCUGUCUUUAAUGCCCAAACUUGUCAUUUUUAACCCUAUAUACAUAUUCACAAUUGAACACUGGGGCGGCAGGUAGCCUAGCUGUUAAGAGUGUUGAGCCAGUAACCGAAAGGUCGCUGGUUCGAAUCCGCGAGCCGACUAAGUGAAAAAUCUGUCUGUGCCAUUGAGCAAGGAACUUAACCCUUAUUGCUCCUGUAAGUUACUCAGGCUAAGAGUCUGCUAAAUGACUAAAAUGUAAACACUGUUCUAAAGUUAGUGCUGAUUUGUUCUUUGGUCAGAAAUAUGAGAUGAUCAAAACGGAAGACAUCCCUGAUCUGGAGAACUCCACCUUCUCAACCAGGGUUGUGAAAGACAUCGCUCAGAACAUUCUGUCCUUCCUCAAGUCUAACUGCACCAAAGAGGGCCAUACCUACUGGCUCUUCAAAGGUGGGAGAUAACACAACACACUCACUGUAACUCCUGUUGGACUUACAAAAUAAACCUAGUAAAUAAACAGUACUAUGUGGUAGUAGCCCUACUUAAUCUUACUGUCCCGUUUCUGUGCUUCAUCAGCUAGUGGAAGUGACAUCGUAAAGCUGUAUGACCUCACCACUCUCUGUGAGGAAGCAGCAGAGGAGAAAUGCCAGAACCCAUUCACUCUGCCUGUGGCGGUGCUCCUUUACAAGUAGGUACCUGCAACCUGACACAGUAUUAACACAUGUCCCUGAAACCAGUACACAACACAUACAGUUUUCAGUCAGUACAGUAAUGACAAAUACAGUAAGUCCAACAGGUGGCACCAGACUAUACAUUCUGUUUUGUAGAAUGUGCGUUGUUGUUCUUGCAGAGUGGCUAGCAACAUGAUGCUGAAGAAGAGCCAGAACAGGAAGCACUAUGGAACAAUCAGAACGUUGCUCCUCAACUGUGUUAAGCUCCUGGACCAGGAGAGGCACCCACAGGUAAUGGACUGGACUCGCACUCAUACUCCACAUGACCAAAGGCCUUUGUUUCAAAAAUGUUUGUGCAAACCUCUCAUUGAUAUCCAAAGACGAGAAAUUUGCACGAAAAAUAAAUUACACAUUUGUUGAACAACCCGGCUAGCCUGUUCCUUCUCUGUUGUUGGCCCGUUCCCUCUCUCUAACCGUGCUCUCCCCUUUCUGAUUGGCUCAGAUCAUAGCAUCGGCCCACUACAUGCUGGCAGAGCUGUUCCAGUUGGACGAGCCUCCAGAGGAUGGAGCAGGGGGGGAGUCGCUGCGGGCCGGGGGCUCAGAGGACAGCUACAGUGACGAGGAGGAAGAGGAGGAUCAUGAAGAUCUACCAGAGGACAGUGAUGAGAACGCCUCCUUUAGUACCGCGUUGGACUCACAGGAUGAUAGCAAAGCUGUAGCUAUUAUCAAAUCAGUGGGGGAGCUGUCUGUUCCAGAGAAGUACAAGUCCACUCACCAGAUCAGGGUGAGUGUCACACGUUUGUCGCUAGCUACUCUGUUUGGGUGACAUUGUGGAUAUGUUUACAUAUCUUGACCUAACUAGAAACUAGCCGCUACACGGAGUGAGUAGAGUUGUCUUAGAGGUGUUUUUAGAUGUUCUAUCUAGACAAUGAAGUAAUCCUGUUACCCCCCACUGCAGCCAAUCUACGCAUUUCCCGUCUCUCAAGACAAGGAGGAAAGAUGUCGGCACGUCCUCAGCUACGUCUUAAAGGUGGGCCUCUACUGUAGUAUGGUGAUAGUUAUGGGAUUGUAAAUGUACUUUAAAUCGUCUACAGUGGGGGGGAAAAAGUAUUUAGUCAGCCACCAAUUGUGCAAGUUCUCCCACUUAAAAAGAUGAGAGGCCUGUAAUUUUCAUCAUAGGUACACGUCAACUAUGACAGACAAAAUGAGAAAAAAAAAUCCAGAAAAUCACAUUGUAGGAUUUUUAAUGAAUUUAUUUGCAAAUCAUGGUGGAAAAUAAGCAUUUGGUCAAUAACAAAAGUUUCUCAAUACUUUGUUAUAUACCCUUUGUUGGCAAUGACACAGGACAAACGUUUUCUGUAAGUCUUGACAAGGUUUUCACACACUGUUGCUGGUAUUUUGGCCCAUUCCUCCAUGCAGAUCUCCUCUAGAGCAGUGAUGUUUUGGGGCUGUCGCUGGGCAACACAGACUUUCAAUUCCCUCCAAAGAUUUUCUAUGGGGUUGAGAUCUGGAGACUGGCUAGGCCACUCCAGGACCUUGAAAUGCUUCUUACGAAGCCACUCCUUCGUUGCCAGGGCGGUGUGUUUGGGAUCAUUGUCAUGCUGAAAGACCCAGCCACGUUUCAUCUUCAAUGCCCUUGCUGAUGGAAGGAGGUUUUCACUCAAAAUCUCACGAUACAUGGCCCCAUUCAUUCUUUCCUUUACACGGAUCAGUCGUCCUGGUCCCUUUGCAGAAAAACAGCCCCAAAGCAUGAUGUUUCCACCCCCAUGCUUCACAGUAGGUAUGGUGUUCUUUGGAUGCAACUCAGCAUUCUUUGUCCUCCAAACACGACGAGUUGAGUUUUUACCAAAAAGUUCUAUUUUGGUUUCAUCUGACCAUAUGACAUUCUCCCAAUCCUCUUCUGGAUCAUCCAAAUGCACUCUAGCAAACUUCAUGUACUGGCUUAAGCAGGGGGACACGUCUGGCACUGCAGGAUUUGAGUCCCUGGCGGUGUAGUGUGUUACUGAUGGUAGGCUUUUGUUACUUUGGUCCCAGCUCUCUGCAGGUCAUUCACUAGGUCCCCCCGUGUGGUUCUGGGAUUUUUGCUCACCGUUCUUGUGAUCAUUUUGACCCCACGGGGUGAGAUCUUGCGUGGAGCCCCAGAUCGAGGGAGAUUAUCAGUGGUCUUGUAUGUCUUCCAUUUCCUAAUAAUUGCUCCCACAGUUGAUUUCUUCAAACCAAGCUGCUUACCUAUUGCAGAUUCAGUCUUCCCAGCCUGGUGCAGGUCUACAAUUUUGUUUCUGGUGUCCUUUGACAGCUCUUUGGUCUUGGCCAUAGUGGAGUUUGGAGUGUGACUGUUUGAGGUUGUGGACAGGUGUCUUUUAUACUGAUAACAAGUUCAAACAGGUGCCAUUAAUACAGGGAACGAGUGGAGGACAGAGGAGCCUCUUAAAGAAGAAGUUACAGGUCUGUGAGAGCCAGAAAUCUUGCUUGUUUGUAGGUGACCAAAUACUUAUUUCCCACCAUAAUUUGCAAAUAAAUUCAUAAAAAAUCCUACAAUGUGAUUUUCUGAAAAUUACAGGCCUCUCUCAUCUUUUUAAGUGGGAGAACUUGCACAAUUGGUGGCUGACUAAAUACUUUUUUCCCCCACUGUAUCUGCUUAGUUCAAGACAUGGCAUAUGAGGGUGCGGUGAGAUAGCCAAUUGGUUUGAACCAUACUUUUCUCGUCAAUCAUAAAAAAUAAAAAUAGAAAUUGAAUGAUCCUCCAUUGUUAAGACAGUGGAAGAAUCAAAUGCAUUAUUAUUAUUUAGAUAUUGAAAAGGUAUGGGCUACAGAGAAACACAGAAUAGUGCAAUUUGAGGCCAAAUGGCAUUAAGUCUUACAAGCACUGGCGAUAGAUGCGGUGGGAACAUGUGGGUCUGGGCAGGUGUGAUGACGUGGAUGUUUGUGUGCGUCUGUCUGUUGUCUUUUGUCUGUAUAUGUUUAUAUAUUGUUUGAAAAAUAAAAUUGUACAAAAAAGGGAUUGGUUAUCACUAAAAUAAAUGCUGUGUAUGUGAGCGCUAAAGGUUGGAUGUGAUUGGCAGGGACUAAAAGCAGUGGACGGCAGCAUUAAGAAGGAGAGUGACCUCCCAGCUGCUGACCCCAACACCCCCAUUCCCCUGAAGUACGAGGAUGGGAGUAAGGCCGUGGAGAAAGGGAUCGCACUCCUCCUGGACAGAGGUUGGCCAUCACUGACCCCAUCAAGAAGCAUAGAUAUACUACAUUAUUGAUAAUGAAUGAUGAUGUACCAUAAUGAGCAGGUUCCUCGUUAUAUGUGAAGAUGCUCCGGGAAGAGCCCCUAAUAAAUACCUCAAUUUCUUUGCCUCUUUAUGUCUCUUUCCCUAUCUAUCUCUCUUAUCCCCUCUCUCUCUCCCCUCCAUCUAUUUCCCUCCCUUCCCCUCCGUCUCUCUCCCUUCCCCUCCGUCUCUCUCCCUUCCCCUCCGUCUCUCUCCCUUCCCCUCCGUCUCUCUCCCUUCCCCUCCGUCUCUCUCCCUUCCCCUCCGUCUCUCUCCCUUCCCCUCCGUCUCUCUCCCUUCCCCUCCGUCUCUCUCCCUUCCCCUCCGUCUCUCUCCCUUCCCCUCCGUCUCUCUCCCUUCCCCUCCGUCUCUCUCUCCAUUUCUCUUGGGUACAGCUGGUCCCUUCCAGGAGGACCGGAAGCAUCCGACCAGGUCAGGGAUGAUCCCAGGGUCCUGGCAGCACCGUAUGAAGCUGCAGCUCUUCUUCAAGGCGUCCAAGGCCUACUACGUACUGUCAGACGCUGCCACUAACCUGCUCAAGUAUGGUCGGGCCCUGCGCUACAUCAAACUGGCCCUGCAGUGCCACGGUCAGUGUCUCCUCUCCGGUUCAGCUAGGCAUUCUGGGAAAUGUAGUUUUGAUCAGAUUGGCUGCCUGAGAUUGGACUGAUGGAUAAUGUAGGCGACCUGUUGAAAUAGUGUUGAACCUUCCUUGCUACCUCCAUUCCUUCAUCCUUCUCUUUAUCUCUCUCCCUCCCUCUGCAGAUGCCUACUGUUCAGUGAGCAGUACCCUGCACUCGCGGGUGCUGCUGUUCCACAGCCAGUGUCUGUCUCUGUGUGGGGACAUCCAGCUGAUGCUUGCCCAGAACGCCAGUAACCGUGCUGCCUACCUCGAGGAGUACAGCUACCAGACCAAGGAGGACCAGGAAGUGCUGCACAGCCUGCACAGAGAGAGCAGCUGCCAGGGUGAAGAGACACUCACACUUUUCAACAAUAAACACAUAACACAUCCCUCCUAAUGUCUUCACAAUUGACCCAAAAGGUUUCAGUAUUCAGUAGAUUUAAAGGUCUUGCCAUUUAAUGUAGUGAAGGGUUUUAUUUUUCAUUGUUGGACAUAAAAGACCAAGUGAUUUUUAUUUAAGAAAUCUGUUCCCAAGUAUUCCCACGCAAAAUAGAGAGAGAUGUGAUCGUAUACAAAUGUAAGCAAGAUUAGAAAUUAUGUCUUAGUCAAACAUUUAUAUCUGUUUGGGUUUCUUGCGGUCAAUUUGCAGUCUAUAAAUUAUGUGUAAUUAUGUUCCGGCCCCCCGACCAUCCGCUCAAGAAAAAAUCGGCCCACGGCUGAAUCUAGUUGAGGAUCCCUGCUGUGGUGCUUUUCAGAAGCAAGAACCUGUAAUAACAAACGCUAACAUUACAAUACUUAAAAGCUUGAACAAUCCUAUAUAUAAAUGCAGUGCAUCAUUGUUGUUACAAAUUAGAUCAGUCUGGCCUGUGUGACUGUCCCCCAGCCUUUAACAUGGCCAGUGACCUGGCCACGGACCCAGAGUACCAGCUGUUUGUGAGCAGUAAGUGUUACGAGGCGGCCUACGAGCUGCUGACCUCCGGGGUGGUGAAGGAGCAUGGCCCUGAACAGCUAGCCCAGGUACUGAAGAGACUGGGCAACAUUCGCAACGAGAUAGGAGUCUUCUACAUGAACCAGGCAGCUGCAAUGCAGACCGAGAAGGAAGGUAAGGAGUCUGGCCAAUCAGUUAUGGAGGAUACUUUUGUGUAAAUGGUUGAUUUGUUGAUUUGUUGAUUUAUUGAUUACAUUCAUGAAUGUUGUAACCAAUAUAAGCAAUAUUUCUGAAACAUAUCUUUCUUCAGGAAACAGACCUAAAAUACAAAAUAUUAACCUCUUCCUCACUCUAACCCCCCCACCCCCUUCCUUUUCAGUGAAUAAGUCUGUAUCUAUAGCUGAACAGGAGAUAUGGAAGAAGAGUUUCUCGUGCUUUGAGAAGGGCAUGAAGGACUUUGAGGCCAUCGAGGACAGCACCAACACCUCCCUGCUGCUGUGCAACAUAGGCAGACUGAUGAGGAUCUGUGCCCAGGCCCACUGUGCUACAUCUGCAGACCUGAGCAGAGGAGAGUUCUCCCCAGAGGAGGCUCUUUAUUACAAUAAGGUACCACUACCACACUAAUAGAAAUAUCAUUAUAUAAUAGACAUAUAAUAAUUUCAAUUUCUAUACCAACCCCAAGUUGUUUUCCACAAUAAAUAGAAAGGCAUGAAGGCUAAACGAUCUGCUUAUCUUUGUGCCAGUCACUUUCCUGUCAUUUUGUCAACUGCUGCAUAAGCUCUCUAUAAGGUUUCUUAUUUUUUGGCAUGUCUUUAAGUAGGGUAAUUCAACUUAAAAUCACUAUGCUUUGUAAGAGUUGGUGCUAAUGAAAAUGGAGCAGGGACCUUUCCGCUCACUCUCUCCCCCUCUUCAGGCUAUAGACUACUACCUGAGGGCUAUGCGGUCCCUGGCCACCAGAGGGAACCACCCUGCAGUGUGGGACUCAGUCAACUGGGAGCUGUCCACUACCUACUUCACCCUGGCCACUCUGCUGCAGGACUAUGCCCCUCUGUCCAGGAAGGCCCAGGAACAGGUAACACUUGGAUAGAUUCAUAGUAGGUGAAUGAACAGAAUGGAAAAUAUCUAGCAAGUUAACUAACCAUACAAACUCUACUUGCUGCCCUAGGUGAAAUGGUUAGCGCCGGUAUGAAAAUUGUAGGAGCACAGUAAUCCAUAACUACAUUUUCAUUGCUGUGGGUUGCCAGAUUGAGCGGGAGGUGACAGAGGCCAUGCUGAAGUCUCUGAAGUACUGUGACCUGCAGACAGAGUCGGCCCGCCAGCCCCUCUACCAGUACAGAGCUGCCACAAUCCACCACCGCUUGGCCUCCAUGUACCACAGCUGCUUCCGCAACCAGGUAAGGACCUGACCUAGGACGUAUACUUUAACUAGAGCAAGAUAUCUACCAGUAGUCCUGUUUUUAAACCAUUUAAAUGUUGUGUUGCAUCUGAAGAAGAGCAUUAAGGUGUUCAGUCUGUGUAGUACAUUCCUGAUGUUUCUUCCUCUGUGCCAGGUGGGGGAUGAGCACCUGAGGAAGCAACACAGGAGCCUGGCAGAGCUGCACUACAGCAAGGCUGUCCGCCUGUUCCUCAGCCUGAAGGACGCGCCCUGCGAGCUGCUCCGCACCCUGCUGGAGAGGGUGGCCUUCGCCGAGUUCACCAUGGCAGGUCAGUCAGGCUCACUCCCCCAGGCCAGGGUCAGGCUCACUCCCAGCCAGGUCGGAACUGUCAUAGUCUCCUAAAAGGUGGUGUUAUUGAGUAACCGUGUGUUUACAGGUCAGAACAGCAGUGGGGCCAAGCUGAAGACCCUGACAGGAGCCCUGGAUAUCAUGACGGACACUCGCCAUGCCUUCCUGCUUAUCCACAAAGAGCUGCUAGAGGACCGCACAGAGGUACAGACACAAAUAGAACUUACUGCUGUGGCAGAGGCACUCGGAUAGCAGCAAUCCCCUUGUACGUUCUGUUUGAGAAUCAUUGGUUACAUCUAACCACCAACUACUCCCACACCACCUCCCGCUUGUUGAAGUUGCGUUUCCUGGUUGCUAAAACUAAUAGUUUGCCUAAUUUCAGUUUAUGUGAGUAAAUAAGCAAGUAUAGUGUAGAUAAUCAUUGUACCAUCUAAACCGCUGUGAAAUAUAUUUUCCAUAACCAAAAAUAUUGUAUUUUCAGCUGUUUGAAGCUGGUGUACAAAACUGAAAGUAAAAGAUGCAACAAAAAAAACUUAAGAACGGGAAGCAUAGAAAUAGCGCACAUAUAACAGAUCUAGCGCUUCUUAGACUUGCUUUCAAUGAGAAUGACAGAUCUAUAACUCACAUUUCUAUGUGAAUUUGGUCAGGUCACCUAAAAAGUUACUUUAAAUUUCCACAUCGUUCUUUUUUUCUUCUGUAGACAGACGGCCCAGAGUUGACAGGACCCCUUGACAGUGGUGCAGAUGGCCACACCUCAUCAGGGCUGAACACAACAGAAGUGAUGAAGUUGAUUGGCGUCUUUGAGCCCAGUUUCUCCUUCCUGCUGCUGCAGCUGGUCAAGCUGAUGACCGCCAUGAAGCGCAAACCAAGGUGAGGAAAGGACUGGUUGUACCCAGCCUGAUUAACCUUGUCCGGCAGGGGACUAAACCAGGACUAAACAUGAGAUCCAGUAGAAGCAUAAUACUGAAACUUCCGUAAUGUUUUCAUCUUAAGACUGGUCAGUCAGUCAGUUAGUAGUAGCUUGGUCUUUGUAGGACAGCUCAGAGCAUCUUCUCUUUUCUAUCAAUUUCUUCUUGGAUGGAUUGGUCACCGUUUUGGAGGAGGAGUGAAGUGGGCAGGGCAGGUAAAGUCAGUGGGAAGAUAACAGAUAAUAAUAAAAUAUGCAUAAAAGGUCAUUGUGUAAGACCUGGUCGUCAGGUAGGCUUUCUAAUAACACUACUGGUUCACUGAUUGCCCUCAAUACCUUGAGUUACACUCAAUACACUGUACUUCGGCCAGCAGAUAACUUGAGUAUCUAAAGAACUCUAAGCAUUUGAAUCCCUGUGUGUUAGUCCUGCCCUGCCACAGAUGUCCCUCCACACAGAGCUGUGCCUAUAGCCUUCUCUUUAACAAGUGUCAAUCUCUGUAAGACAGUACACAGUGGCGAUAGGGGUUAGGGUGUCAUAAUCUCAGCAUCCCUACACUAUUAUUGAGGAAAUAAGAAAUGUUAAUACACGUAAGUAUAGCUUUGAUUAAAAACAGUCAUGUGAAAAAGUAAGUACACCCCCCUGGAAAGUUGUCUUUUUUUUUUAAAAUACAUAUUUGGACAGAUGGAUAUGUAAUCUUCACUUCAACACUAUUGACAGAUAAAGGUAACCUAAUUCAACAAAUGACACAAAGAUUAUACUUUGCAAUCAUUUAUUCAUCAAAAAUCAACAAAUGCAAUUCCAUAGUGUGGAAAAAAAAAUAAGUACACCAACCCCUUUGGCUGAAAUAACUUAAUGUAGAUGUUUCUUGUAACUGUCUAUCAGCCUCUUACGUCGACUGGGAGGCAUUUUUGCCCACUCUUCUUUACAGUACUGCUUCAACUGUGUUUUGUUCGAGGGCUUUCUUGCAUGCACGGCCCGCUUCAAGUCCCCCCACAGCAUUUCGAUAGGAUUGAGAUCUGGGCUUUGACUCAGCCAUUCCAUUCUGUUGUAGCUUUGCUUUUGUGUUUUGGGUCAUUGUCCUGUUGCAAGAUCCAUGUUCGGUUCAGCUUCAGCUUUUUGACAGAUUUCACAUUCUCCUCAAGAAUUCUCUGCUACAACAUAGAAUUCAUGGUUGACUCAAUGAUGGCAAGUUGGUCCUGAGGCAGCAAAUCAGCCCCAAACCAUAAUGCCACCGCCUCCAUGCUUUACAGUUGGUAUGAGGUUCUUCUGUUCAAAGGCAGUGUUUCGUUUUCGCCAAACAUGGCGUCUGGCAUUGCGGCCGAACAACUCCACCUUUGACUCAUCUGUCCAGAGCACAUUGUUCCAGUAGUUUUGGUCUUUACCCAGGUGUUUUCUGGCAAACGUCAGUCGUGUCUUGAUAUUCUUUUUUGAGAGCAGAGGCUUCUUCCUUCCUGACCUGCCAUGUAGGCCAAGUUUGUGCAGUCUCUUUCUGACAGUUGACUCAUGCACUUCAACAUUGAUUUACAUUUACAUUUGAGUAAUUUAGCAGACGCUCUUAUCCAGAGCGACUUACAGGAGCAAUUAGGGUUAAGUGCCUUGCUCAAGGGCACAUCGGCAGAUUUUUCACCUAGUCGGCUCAGGGAUUAGAACCAGCGACCUUUCGGUUACUGCCACAACGUUCUUAACCACUAAGCUACCUGCCGCCCAUGUUACCCUGGGGUUCUUCUAUGAGCAUCUUUCGGUCAGCUCUUGGUCAGAAUUUGGUGGGACGACCAGAUUGCCAGUGGUCUGGAAUGUUCUCCAUUUGUAGAUCUGUCGGACAGUGAAAUGAUGUACUUCGAAUUGCUUGGAAAUGGAUUUGUAACCCCUCACAGAUUCAUGUGCAUCAAUUCGCUUUCUUCUGAGGGCCUCUGGUAGGUAUUUUGAUCUUGGCAUGAUGUGUUACCACACUCGUAUGGUGACCAAACCAGACCAAGUUUCUAAUCUAUAUGGUUGGCUGGACCCUCCUAAGUUUCUCUCUAAUGAUUUUCUAAUCAUUUGCACCUUAUUUUAAGUUUAGCCAUUUUGUGACGGUAAAGGUAGGGGUGUACUAACUUUUUCCACAUAAGGAAAAUGCAUGUUUAUUUUAAUUGCAUAACACUUUCGUUUUUUUUGUGCUUUGUUAAAUUGAGUUACCUUUAUCAAUGAAUGUGGUGGGAAUUUAGCUCAAAUAUCCAUGUUUCCAGGGGGUGUACUUACUUUUUCACAUGACUGUGUACAUAUCUUUUUUACAAUAGCAAUAAGGACGAGGAGCUCCUGAAGACCUAUAAGACUGUUUACUCCAAGAUACUGCGUGCUGAAAAGACUGCUCCACUCCUCAACCGCGUUGAGCUCUUCCUCGACCUCCUGCAACAGCUGACCCCAAAGACAGGAAGCGUUGACCUCGGGGCAUCGUUAUGA